AACAAAUUCCAUCUCUUCAAUUUGCCGAAUCAAAUACUCCUACAAAUCUCUCACACCGAAAAUGUCUGGGCGCGGAAAGGGAGGCAAGGGGCUGGGAAAGGGCGGAGCAAAGCGUCACCGUAAGGUGCUCCGCGACAACAUCCAGGGCAUCACGAAGCCGGCCAUCCGGCGUCUGGCGAGGAGAGGCGGCGUGAAGAGGAUCAGCGGCCUCAUCUACGAGGAGACCAGAGGAGUUCUCAAGAUAUUUUUGGAGAACGUUAUCAGAGAUGCCGUCACAUACACUGAGCACGCCAGGAGGAAGACCGUCACCGCCAUGGAUGUUGUCUACGCUUUGAAGAGGCAGGGUCGGACUCUCUACGGCUUCGGCGGCUGAGAUUUUAUCAAAUUUCUUAAGAUUCUGCUAUUAUUUUAAGUUGAAAUCGUUAGGGUUUGUAGAUCUGGUAUUUUGGUGUUCGACUGUAUUACCUCUUAUUUUGUCUAUGGGAAGAAAAUACCUUGUUGAGAGAAA